AUGAUCCCACAAAUAAUGAAGGCUUUGAUAUUGGUGGGAGGCUAUGGAACAAGGCUCAGGCCUCUUACCCUGAGUCGUUCUAAACCUCUAGUGGAAUUCUGCAACAAACCAAUGGUUAUGCAUCAAAUAGAAGCAUUGGUUGCAGCUGGAGUCAGGCAUGUGAUUCUUGCAGUCUCAUAUAGAGCAGAAGAGAUGGAAAGGGAACUCAGGGAAGAAUCAGCUAAGCUUGGGGUGAAGGUGUCUUUCUCACAUGAGAAGACUCCCUUGGGUACUGCUGGUCCUCUUGCUCUGGCUCGUGAGUUGCUUGAAGAAGACCCAGGCCCCUUCUUUGUCCUCAACUCUGACAUCAUCUGUGACUUUCCCUUCAAGGAAAUGAUGGCCUUUCACCAGAAACAUGGUCGUGAAGGCACCAUAGUUGUGACAAAGGUUGAUGACCCAUCCAAGUUUGGUGUGGUGAUAUUUGAUGAAGAAGGAGGAAGGGUGGAGAGGUUUGUUGAGAAGCCUAUUCAAUUCAUGUCUAACAAAAUCAAUGCUGGCAUCUACCUCUUCAACACAGAAGUCCUGGAACGCAUCGAGGUAGAUUCCUUGGAAUUAGCCCUUAAGUUGAAGCCUACAAGUAUUGAGAAGGAAGUGUUCCCAUAUAUGGCAGAUGAUGGAAACCUCUAUGCGUUUGAGAUGAAAGGGUUCUGGAUGGAUAUUGGGCAACCCAAAGACUUUCUGCAUGGAAUGUGUUUGUAUUUGAAGCAUCUCAAGGGCAGCAACAAAGAUGCACUAGCCAGUGGACCCUCAUUUGUUGGCAACGUUCUUGUAGAUGAGAGUGCAAAAAUUGGGAGGGAUUGUCAAAUAGGACCAGAUGUGACACUGGGCCCAGAUGUGGUGAUAGAGGAUGGUGUUAGAUUACGUAGGUGCAGCAUCUUGAGGGGAGCCCAAGUCCGUAGUCACUCAUGGAUCGACAGCACCAUUGUUGGCUGGAAGAGUGUCAUUGGACAAUGGGUUCGAAUGGAAAAUGUGUGUGUCCUGGGGGAGGAUGUCGAGAUAGCAGAUGAGAUCUAUUUGAACGGAGGAAAGGUCUUGCCCCACAAAUCCAUCUCAGCAUCAGUACCUGAACCACAGAUAAUC